CCUAUCUCAACAAGUAUUUUUUAGAUUCUUAGAAUGUGUUGAAAGCUCAGGCAAUAAAACAUUAGAAUUAGAAAAGCUCUUAGAAAGUGUGUCAUGGAACUAGCAUACAUUUCUCAUUUUAUAGUUGAGAAAAUGAUGCAUCAGUAUUGAUAAAUUAUGCCUUUAAGGAUCAAAACAUGCAUGUUUGGGGCAGUAACUUUUCAAUUCAUAUUGACAAAUUCUUUGCAGUGUCUCAUUUGAGCAGAGUCAGUCAUUGCAACUGACACUCUUCCCAUUUUUAGAUGAAGGAUCUAAGCUAUAUGGAAAUUAAUAUUUCACAUCAUUCCACAUCUUAAUAAGAGUAAUGCAUUUCAAUUUAUGUCCUCUAAUUUCCAAUUUAGUGAUUCUUCCAGCACAAUAUUUAAAAACAUCUUCCAAUAUAGGUCAGAUAAUUUUAUAGCAGGAAAAUAAAAUAUAAAUAUCAAACAAAGCAGGAAAUAUAUGUUUAUACUUAUAAACAUGAAUACAUAAUAUUUAUAAAUCAAUCAUGGAGACUAGAUGUUGUGAGAUCCAAGAACAGACAAAGUAACUAUCAAGAAAGUCCAUUAAAAAUAAGAUUUUUAAUAUUAGCUAUGUCAAAUUUUUUUCCUUCUCAUUUUCAUUUCUAGUACUUACACCACACAACUUAUUCUCCUUUCAUGUAUAGUAAUUCCUUCUACCUGGAACAUUCUUUUUUUAUGUCAUUUCCCUCAACACCAUUUCCCUUUCUCAGAGGUAAUACAUUGGGACCUGCUCUUUGUCAGUGACAAGGAAAGUCAAAGGAAAGCAAAGUAUAAACCCAAAAGGUAUUGCUAAAGGAGAAAUCAGAAUGAGUAGUUUGUCGGGUUAUUUUGUAAUAGGCAGUCUUUCCUAAACUCCUAAAAUUAUAUAAGCAAGAUUACAUCAAUAAAAAAUAUUUAGCAUUGAUUAUAUCCAAACCAGAUAUCUAGAAAAAGAUCCUUGCUAUCAAAGAAGAUCUAUAAUAAAAAUAAACAUAAAAUGAGCCUUAAAUUUUUAAUAUAGGGAACAAUUAGUGAUCUAAAAACUCAUAAACUAACGACUGUGUAUUUGAAAAUUUGAGAGUAUGUUUAAGAGUAAGCAUAGGAACUUUGCUUUAUUUAAAAAAAAAGAGUACUUGUAAGUUUAUGGAGAGGAGACUUGAUUCAACUGUUUCUCAAAAAAAAGUUUAAAAGUAAAAAAAAAAAACUCUAUAGUAGAGAUUCAGGAUGGCUAGAUAAAUGAAUUAAUUUGCAUUUUUCCUACUCCAUGAGGGAACAGUAACUUAUUCUAGAGAGCUUCAAUAACAUAGGGAAGCAUAGUAUAAUGACAUGAAAAUGGCAUUUGCUGAUAAAAUUAUUGAAUUCACUUUUAGACUCAAAGAUUCAUUUCCCUUAUCUAAAUUCUAUGUGAGUUAGAAUAAAUGAUAUUGUAAGUCUCCUCCUAUACUAAAACCUUUUUUAUGACAUUGAAAUAUAGAUAACUAUAUUAGAUGAUGGAAUUUGGAAUAUUUUUGAGAUAUAGCACUACUUAGUUUUCAUUGAGGGCCAAUGUCUAGAAGCAUAUUUCAUUUCAAAUAUUUCAAAAUUUUCAUUUAUUUUUAAAUUUAGGAACUUCAGUGCAUCCUUAAGGAUUUAAAAUAGAACAAUAGUGGAAUUCCAAUGCAUUUUUUAUCUUAACAACUUUAUGGUUUUGUUUUAUUGAGGUUCAUGACAUGGUAACUUAAUAAAUGUUCAGUGAUUUCUUGAAACGAUAUUAGACUAUAAUCAGAGGAUAUAUUGUAAAUCCAAGUGGCCUCAUGUAUCUAAUUCAAAACACACUUUUUUAGAAGAUGAUACUCAACUCCAGAGAAAUGAAGUAAUUAUCCCUUUCUGACUGCACUUUUUCAACAAAAGAAAAAAGAGAAAAUGGGAAAAGGAAAUCUUACUAAUGUGGGACAAUUUGUUAUUGAGGAUUUUUCUGACCUUCCCAACCUCCAAAGCCUUCUGUUUGGAUUUUUUACAAUUAUCUACAUGAGCAUCCUGAUGGGAAAUGGCCUCAUUAUUGUAAUAACCAAGACUGAUCCAGCUCUCCAAACACCUAUGUAUUUUUUUCUAGGCAAUUUUUCUUUUUUGGAAAUCUGUUACACAUCUGUUAUUCUUCCCAGAAUGUUGAUAAGCCUUUGGACUCAGAAUAGAAAUAUUUCUUUUGUGGCCUGUGCUACACAACUAUGUUUUUUUCUUAUCCUGGGAGCUACUGAAUGCUUUCUCCUGGCUGUGAUGGCAUAUGACCGAUAUGUGGCCAUUUGUAAGCCUCUCUACUAUCCUAUUAUCAUGAACCAAAAAGUGUGUAUCCAAUUGGUUGUUGGAUCCUGGAUAUGUGGGAUCCCAGUGCAGAUAGGACAGACAUACCAGAUUUUCUCUCUGUCUUUUUGUAGUUCUAAUAAACUUAAUCAUGUUUUCUGUGACAUCCCUCCAUUACUAAAGGUGGCUUGUGGAGAAAUCUCUAUUAAUGAAUUAUCUGUCUAUGCUGUGGCUGUGCUUUUUGUUAUGGUACCCUUUCUCUUCAUAAUUUGGUCUUAUUCAAAAAUCAUUGGCACCAUACUAAAUCUGCCAGUGGGCAUGGGAAGGUCCAAAGCCUUUUCAACUUGCUCAUCCCAUCUCAUCACUGUAACCUUAUUUUUUGGGUCUGCUAUCAUAACAUAUUUAAGACCUAAAUCCACACACUCCCCAGGAAUAGACAAAGUGCUCUCACUUUUUUAUACCAUUGUGACCCCAAUGUUUAACCCUUUGAUAUAUGGCCUAAGGAAUAAAGAUGUCAUUGCUGCAUUGAAAAAAAUCUCCCUAAAUAACUGUUGUUAAUAAAGAAAAUCUUACUUUCCUCUUCAUUUAUCUCACAGUUUCAGUUUUUAUAGAAAGGUCCUUUCAGUUAAUUUCUUGACUAUCUGAAAUCUUUAUUAUUUCAUGGUAAUAAUAUCAUAUCUUAAGACUAUAUAUAUUUUUUCUUUACAGUCUUAUAUUCACAGUGAUUAUGGACAACCAAAUAAAACAAUUAACAUAUACAGAAUGAUGUUCCAAAUUAACACUCAUAAGCCUGUACUAAUUUGGUGAACCAAUGCAAUUAUCUCAAUAAUUCAAAACAAGAUUCAGUAAUAUCUAUAUGAAACAUAAAGCUAAAAUAUCAGAACAUAUUUGUUAAAGACAAAGGAGAUCAUUCUGUAUUUCAAGCAUUACAUUCCCAUACC